AUCUUUGAUGUUACUAGUGCCCAACAAGUGGCAGUUGAAUGACGGGGGCAGACAAAUGUUCUGUCCAACCGCUAAACCCUAACACUCGCGCCUCUUCUUUUAGCCCUUAUAUUAAGACCAACUUCAACCUGACAGCCCCCAAACUCGUCCUUUCCUAAAAAUUGCAUCUUUUUUGCUGUCUUUCCUCUGUAACGGCAAAAUUCAAGAACUUCACAUAGUGUGCAACUAAGGUUUUAAUGAUGGCAUCUUAUUCUUCUGUAUUACGUGGGAAAGAAGAGAAAGGUUUCCCUCCUCCUCACAAGUUGUUUCCAAGUCAUGGUUUUGCCAUGGAAGAACAGAAACAGAAGAAGAAAGUUCAAGAUUUUAACUUGAAAGGCACUGGGGCAUCUGGCUAUGAGGAACAGAGCACUGAUGGGUUGAGAAAAGUGAAAGCUAAUUGGGGGAAUGAUUCGAUUUUUGGUACAUAUGGGUUAUCAGAACACUCAUCCUCCUCUGGUUUAAGUAGCCCUUUUGGGUCUGAACUUGGCUCAACAGAAACUGAUGAAACUGAAAGCGAAGAGGAUGAAGAUUUCAUUGCUCAAUUGACUCGACAAAUGGCUGAUUAUAUGCUUAAAGAUGAUGACGACGAAGAAGAAGAUGUCUCUGUUGAUGAAAAUGAUGCUGAUGAAAACAGAGCCCCAAGUUCUACUCUUAAUAAUCUCCAGACACCAAACACAUAUGGGUUGGCUGGGAAUUGGUCAAAUUUAAAUUCCAAGGAGAUAUGUUGCUAUAAUCAAGAAUCUUUAGGCACAUAUGUUAAGCCUGUAGAAGACUCUGUGAAUCAUCAAAUAAAGAAUUCUAAUAGUGUAUUUUACUCUAGUGAUGAUUUGAAGAGACCAAUUCAAGUGUACCACUUGAAAGACCAACCAACAACAGCAAAACUGAAAAAAAGAAUGAAGGGGACAGCUUCAGUUCGGAAACUCAAAACUGAAAAAAACAACACAGAGAGUAGUUUGACAAAAAAACAAACAGUUGGUAGGCAUGGCCAAAGUGGAGAUAAAAUUCAUCAACUUCAUCCUCAACAUCCAGUACAGGGUAGUGGAGCAGCCAUGAGGGCCAUAUUUCUCGGAGGAUCCGGUUUGAAAAAGGGGUCAUCUGGAACUGGGGUUUUCUUGCCUCGCACAAUUAAUAAUCCCAAUCCUCCUCCUACUGCAACAACAGAAUCAAAAAAGAAGAAGAAAUCUGGAAGUUCAACGGUUCUAAUACCAGCAAGAGUACUACAAGCUCUGCAACAACACUUCAACCAUAUGGAUGCUUUGUCUCAAUCAAACACAUGUGCUGUCUCUCCUUCUCACUUUCCCAAAAAUGACGCAGAGAAUGAAGCAGAGGAAUUGGUUUACAAAGAAAAUCAACAUUCAGAAGACCAAACAAUUGUGGUAAAUGACCAAGAGGUGCAACUACCUCAAGAAUGGACUUAUUGAACAUAUUGAUUAUAUUAUUGAUUGAUGGGUACCAAUAAUUGUCAUAUUUAUUAUUGGGAAGCAACUAAUAAGGACAAAGGUGCAUGUGAAGAAUAUUCUAAUAUCAAAUAAUAAUGGAAUCUUGGUGUAGAUAUUAGUAAUAUUACGUAAUGAUGUUGAAAGUGAUGUGGCUUUCAAUUUCACUGUGGAAGUGGUCAAGAUAGAUGACAAAUAACAAGUUGUAGGUACAGUACUUGUAUCAUACAAAAUGGGCUUGUUACUUAGGAUGAUAUAAGGGAGGGGUAAAUGUCUUAUUUAUGAUGCCUUGUAGUAAUAAAAAUUGAUUGGAGGUGUGAUGUAUCCAAUUCAAGAAUGUAAAAAGCCAAGUGCAAAUAAAACUUGUUCUUAUUAUUGGUGUAUAA